AAUGUCCGUUGGCUGUGGUCACCGCACCUUGGCUUAUUGGACAAACCCUCUGCGUCUCCGUCUUCCCCUGGGGAUCGCUCUUCGGCAUCCUUGUGCCAUGUCGUACCGCCCCAACUACCAGGGCGGCCGCAGAGGCGGCGGCGGAAGAGGUGGAGGCGGCGGCGGAAGAGGAGGCGGCGGAAGAGGUGGCGGCGGCGGCAGGGGCGGCGGGGGAAGGGGUGGCGGCGGAGGCCGCGGGGAGCAGCGGUGGUGGGAUCCCCAGUGGAGAGCCGAGCGCCUCCGGCAGAUGGCCGGCGAGGUGGAAAAGCUGGAUGAGAAUGAAUGGUGGAACAAAAUAAAACAAUUGAAGGAAGGCGGGCAGCAGGAGCUGAUAGUUAAGCGGAAUUUCGGGCGUGAUGGGCAGAAUGUUCUUGCAGAUAUGGCUCAAAGACAAGGCCUGCACUUAAAGCCAUGCAUACAACAAAGGAAAGACACUUGUGUUUAGCAAAGUUCCUUUGCCAGAUUACCGGGCCGAUCUUGAUGAACGACAUGGAUCAACACAGAAAGAGAUUAAGAUGUCUACAGAGACUGAGAGAAGAGUGGAAAACCUCUUAGCUAGAUCAAAAGAAACAUUGACUAUUAAUGAUACCGCCAGCACAUCCAUUCAGAUGGCCAGACAAUCUGUGCCUAACAUGGCUGUAUCUAAACCUGAAUUAACAGAAGAUGAUAAUGCCUUCAAGGAGAAGUUCAAUAUUGAACUUAGGGACUUGCAACACUCUCGGAAGGCAACCCCAAGUGCAAGAGCAAUGCAGUCUUUCAGGGAGAAACUACCAGCAUUCAAAGUGAAAGAUGAAUUUUUAAAAGCUAUAGCAGAUAAUCAGGUACUUGUUGUAUCUGGAGAGACUGGUUGUGGCAAAACUACACAGCUACCUCAGUUCAUACUGGAGGAGGAAAUAGAACGUCUUCGUGGGGCAGAGUGCAACAUAAUAUGUACUCAACCACGUCGAAUAUCUGCUAUAUCUGUUGCAGCACGAAUUGCAUCUGAAAGGGGUGAGAAUCUUGGAGAAACUGUUGGUUACCAGAUCCGAUUGGAAGCAAAACGUUCAGCUCAAACACGUCUUCUAUUUUGCACAACUGGAGUACUGCUUCGGAGACUGGUUCAGGAGCCAUAUUUAGGAGGUGUCAGUCAUUUACUGGUGGAUGAAAUUCAUGAAAGGGGUAUGAAUGAGGAUUUCCUUAUUAUAAUUUUGCGUGACCUUCUGCCCAGGCGUCCGGAUCUUCGUCUAAUAUUAAUGAGCGCCACAAUAAAUGCUGAGCUCUUCUCUACAUACUUUGGGAAUGCACCAAUCAUCCAUAUACCAGGGCUGACUUAUCCUGUAGCAGAAGCGUUUCUGGAAGAUGUUCUGGAGAAAACACGGUACAAGAUUAAGUCAGAGUUUGACAAUUUUCAGGCGAACUCAAGAAGAAGAAGAAGACAACCAUCAACCAAAAAUGAUCCAUUGACUGAGAUGUUUGAGGAUGUUGAUAUUGAUGCCCAAUACAAAAACUACAGCAUAUCUACAAGGCAAUCUCUCGAAACCUGGGAUGGUGUGCAACUAGAUUUGGGUCUUGUGGAAGCAACAAUAGAAUAUAUUUGCCGCCAUGAAAAAGAUGGAGCAAUCCUAGUGUUCCUUACGGGUUGGGAUGAGAUAUCUAAGCUGCUCGACAAAAUUAAGGGGAACAGUUUCCUCGGGAAUUCUAGCAAGUUUCUAGUUCUUCCAUUGCAUGGUUCCAUGCCAACUGUAAAUCAGCGCGAAAUUUUUGACAGACCACCAAGUAAUAUGAGGAAAAUUGUUCUAGCAACAAAUAUAGCAGAAAGCAGUAUUACUAUAGAUGAUGUUGUGUAUGUUAUUGACUGUGGGAAGGCAAAGGAAACAAGUUAUGAUGCUCUGAAUAAGUUGGCAUGCUUGUUACCAUCAUGGAUAUCAAAGGCUUCAGCACAUCAGAGGCGGGGGCGUGCAGGGCGUGUUCAACCUGGUGUUUGCUAUAGGCUGUACCCAAAAGUUAUACAUGAUGCAAUGCCACAAUAUCAAUUGCCUGAAAUUCUUCGAACUCCAUUGCAAGAACUAUGCCUUAAUAUUAAAAGCCUACAGCUUGGAGCAGUUGCCACAUUCUUAGCCAAGGCACUUCAGCCACCUGAUCCACUCUCCGUUAAAAAUGCACUCGAACUUCUCAAAACAAUAGGGGCACUAGAUGAAAUGGAGGAACUCACUCCUCUCGGACGUCAUCUUUGUACACUGCCAUUGGAUCCAAAUAUUGGAAAAAUGCUGCUCAUUGGAUCUGUAUUCCAAUGUCUAGAUCCAGCAUUGACAAUUGCUGCUGCUCUUGCACAUCGAGACCCAUUUGUCCUACCAAUGAACAGGAAAGAGGAAGCAGAUGCUGCAAAGAGAUCCUUUGCUGGUGAUUCUUGCAGUGAUCAUAUAGCUCUUUUAAAAGCUUUUGGAGCAUGGAAGGAUGCGAAAUGUAGUGGAAGGGAACGUGCUUUCUGUUGGGAGAAUUUCUUAUCCCCCAUGACAUUGCAGAUGAUGGAAGACAUGCGAAAUCAGUUUCUUGAUUUAUUAUCUGACAUAGGUUUUGUAAACAAGGCUAGAGGAGUCAAGACAUAUAACCAAUAUGGCGAUGAUCUGGAAAUGGUAUGUGCUGUCCUUUGUGCUGGGCUUUAUCCCAAUGUCAUCCAGUGCAAAAGGAGAGGGAAGAGGACAGCAUUCUACAGUAAAGAAGUUGGAAAAGUCGAUAUACAUCCAUCUUCUGUGAAUGCAGGGGUCCAUUUAUUCCCUUUGCCUUACAUGGUUUAUAGUGAAAAGGUGAAGACUACAGGCAUUUAUAUUAGGGACUCGACAAAUAUAUCGGAUUAUGCUUUACUUCUCUUUGGAGGAAGCCUCAUGCCGAGCAAGACUGGAGAGGGCAUCGAGAUGCUAGGAGGCUAUCUUCAUUUCUCUGCACCAAAAAGCAUAGUCCAACUAAUUCAGAGGUUAAGAGGAGAACUCGACAAACUUCUGCAGAGGAAAAUUGAGGAGCCAGGGCUCGAUAUCCCUGCAGAGGGAAAGGCUGUUGUUGCUGCAGCUGUUGAGUUAUUGCACAACCAAAAUGUUUACCACUAGAAGGAUUUUCGCAGAUUAUCGACCUCUUUGGAAAAUCUCUGGGCUAUCCUUAAUUUUUUCUCCAUGACAAGAAGAGCUGCACCAGCUAUUCGCUUUCUUGAUGAAUUAUUCUUUGUAUUUUCUGACAAAAAAUGUGCACCAGCAGCAUAUUACAUCAGGCCACCGUAUUUUACAGUUAAUAUAGUGCUCUUUAACGUACAUGUUGGUUUUGAGGAAGGACAUUAUCAGUUGAAACAACUAUGCUUUGUUAUACAAGGAGUAUGAAACUCCCAUGGAAUUAUAGAAUGUGAGAUGUUCAUGCAAGGCAGAACAUAGGCAACGAUUUCUCUCAGUUGUAUUUUUCUUAGUUUUUAUGCUGAUGAUGGAAUCUUUUUAACCAUA